UGCAGCACGCUGGGAUUCCACUGCUGGAGCCAGGCGUACACGUCACCAGGAAGUUGUGUGUUUUUAAUGCACGAGCUAUGCUGAGACAGGACUCACUAGAGGGCGAAGUUCCCCUUUUUCACGAAGAUGAAAAUGAGGUCAGGCAGAGGAAAUCUAAAAUCAAGCAUCCCCUGGCAUCCUUUUUCCAUCUGUUUUUUCGCACCUCUGCCAUCCUGGUCUACCUCCUCUGUGACCUGUUCAGUGGCAGCUUCAUCGCGUGCAUGGUGACCAUCAUCCUCCUCCUGUCAUGUGACUUCUGGACCGUCAAGAAUGUGACGGGACGCCUGCUGGUGGGGUUGAGAUGGUGGAACCAGGUGGACGAGGAUGGCAAGAGUCAGUGGGUGUUUGAAUCUAGAAAGGAUACCAGUGGAAAAACCAUCACCAACUCUGAGUCAAGGAUAUUCUGGCUGGGUCUGAUUGUGUGCCCAAUCUUUUGGGUAAUUUUUGUGCUGAGCACUGUCUUCUCCUUCAGGAUCAAAUGGCUGGGCAUAGUUAUCAUGGGUGUUGUCCUGCAGUGGGCCAACUUAUAUGGCUAUGUGCGCUGUAAAGUUGGCGGGGGCACGAAAUUACCAUGGCCACCAACGACCUGGGUCACUAGCAACCUGGGCAUGCAACUUUUCAAACAGGCUGCCAGCAGAGCAGAGGGACCGUGAAAAGGCCUUUUGUCUCUCUGUUCAGGAUGGCUGGGGACUACACCCCGUGUUCUGCUAUUUCUGUGAUUUUUGUUGUUGUUGAAAGGGUGUGAGCCUUUUCCAAGUGUUCUGUAUGAGCCAUUGAUAGAUACGUGUAUGUGCCAUUACUUAUUUUAUGUUUACAUGUUUUAUGUUCUUUAAGCUUUCAAAUCUUAAUUUAUGUCCGAGAUGUUGAUUUUUGCAGAAACCGGGUAGAGGUAUCAAAUACUGUGUAUCUCUUCAUUAAUAGAUCAAUGUUUCAAUGUCAGGUAAUCUGUAGUACCUAACUGCACUCUAAUAUUGUAUACAGGGAUAAGCUAUUAAAUACCAAUUAUUUCCA